CAAUCCUGAUUGUGUAUAAACAUUACUUGCACAUUAUAUUUUAUUCUCUUCUUCUCCACCGCGUUUUUCGCCGGCUUCCGCUGCUCUGUUGACCGCCCACCCAUUCGCAGCUCCCGAGUCUUCCAGUUCUGCCUUACUGUGAAGUUGCUGGAAUUUCAGAUUUAGCUCCCAAAACCAAGUUUGCUUGGGCUCAUUGGGAUAAACAACACAUUAUUUGUUUGAACGCCUGCUCAUCUUUUGAAAAUUUGGAAAUAAUAAUGGGUUGUUUUGGCUGUUGUGAAGAAGAUGAUUUCAACAAACAUGUUGAUGGGGGAGGCCAAUAUCCAGUAAAAAGCGCUGCAGGGAAUGAUGGAAAUUAUCGUAAUACAGAAGUUGCAUCAAAAGCUCCAGCUGUGAAAGUCCAACCUAUUGUUGUUCCAUCAAUCUCCGUUGAUGAACUGAAAGAAGUGACAAACAAUUUCAGCUCUGAAUCUCUAAUAGGAGAGGGGUCAUAUGGAAGAGUACACUAUGGAGUUCUUAAGAAUGGCCGAGCUGCAGCCAUAAAGAAGCUGGACACAAGCAAACAACCAGAUGAUGAAUUCUUAGCUCAGGUGUCGAUGGUCUCAAGGCUAAAACAUGAGAAUUUCGUGGAACUGCUCGGUUAUUGUGUUGAUGGAAAUCAGCGUGUUCUUGCCUAUGAGUUUGCAUCUAACGGUUCACUUCAUGAUAUUCUUCAUGGACGGAAAGGUGUUAAAGGAGCACAACCUGGUCCUGUCCUUACUUGGCAUCAACGUGUGAAAAUUGCAGUUGGUGCUGCCAAGGGCCUUGAAUAUCUUCAUGAAAAAGCAGAACCUCAUAUCAUCCAUCGUGAUAUUAAGUCAAGCAAUGUACUUAUAUUUGAUGAUGAUGUAGCAAAGAUUGCUGACUUUGAUCUGUCAAAUCAAGCUCCUGAUAUGGCAGCACGCCUUCAUUCAACUCGUGUCCUUGGAACAUUUGGAUAUCAUGCUCCAGAAUAUGCAAUGACUGGACAGCUAAACUCAAAGAGCGAUGUGUAUAGCUUUGGUGUUGUCCUUCUGGAGCUUCUAACUGGUCGCAAACCUGUUGAUCACACUUUACCCCGCGGUCAGCAAAGCUUAGUUACAUGGGCUACACCAAAGCUGAGUGAAGACAAAGUCCGGCAAUGCAUUGAUGCUAGACUUGGAGGAGAGUAUCCACCUAAAGCUGUUGCCAAGAUGGCUGCUGUUGCUGCUUUAUGUGUACAAUAUGAAGCUGAUUUCCGUCCUAACAUGAGCAUAGUAGUGAAAGCACUACAGCCUCUUUUACAUACUCGGCCUGGACCUGCUGGUGAGAGUGAUCAUACAUGAGGGUCACAGGUAAGCUGUGCAUCCUGUAUCUGAGCCAUGGAAGUUGAUAUAUAUAAUACAUGUAUUGUUGCUAGGAUCUUCAGUCCUUUAUGCAAGUGUUUCCAAAUAACAAUGAAGAGAUGGAUCUAGAAUUGGGCACAGUUUGGUAUUGCCGUUCAUGUUGUGUGGCUGUUUAUGUUCACUGCAUAUGAAUGAAUAUAAAUAUCAUGAGAGACCUACUUGUCUAUUAAGAGUUUGUAUGUACUAUCACCUAAGUUGAUUCUUUCUACAUUAACUUCAUUGGUUUUCUUGUUUCCUA